UGCCGUUCGUCAGUGGCCCUAGCGGAGGCCGAGAAUCUCCUUUAUCGUCGUGGGGUGUAAGUCCAGGGGGAGAUCCUUACCAGGGUAGCGCUUCUUGUUCAUUUGUUGUUGGUUGUCCGCCGUCCAAAAGUCCACGCUUGCUGUGUGUCGACUACUUGCUGCGUCUCACACGCGAAGAACUUGCCAUUUACUCCUCUUUUCGUUCGUGUCUUCGCCCCAUUUCGGAGAUCCGGUGCAUCUUCAGCAAGCGCCCCGACAGCUCGUGCAGACCCACUCUGUCAUCCCUGGUCUGGCAUCUGGGUUGCAAUUUAGAGUCUAUAUCUGCGUCCGCAGCUGCAGUACGCCUGGCCUCUUCAACCUUCAGCAUAGAGCUGAUCUUUCUGUUACACAUACAUGGUAUAGACAGUUUCCAUAUUUUGCUACCAUGUCAAUCAGCGGGCCCUGCGUCUGGUUGUCCUCAUUGUCACCACCAUCUACUUCACAUCUUCCCGCCCUCAGCAACCAUUGGUCUACAGCUUCCUGGAAUAGCAGCGAGCAAGUUACGUCGAAACCGAGGGCUAUCCCGUCCCUCUUGCCCGGGCCGUGGGAGAGAGAAGGCGAGUCUACCAAGACGCCUUCGGCCGAUAUGCAAUCCGCUGGGAUCAAGGCUGAGAAUGCCUAUCCAGCCAUUGUUGCCGCCGGCUCAUCUAGCCCAGUCCGGCCCAUCGGUGGCAUAAUGUCCCAAGGUGAUUCGAUGAACCGCAAUACAGGCACGGAAACGGAGUCAUUGGUUCAGAUGGGGCAAAAGAAGAUCAACCAGAGCAAACCUCAAUUUUCACAACCAACUCAAGGAACCGAUGUUUCGCAAGUCGCAAAAAAGACGACGCCUGAGCUUAAACUCGAAGAGAUGCAGGACAGGGAGAAAGGAGAUGUAGAUGCGGCGAUGGCCUCCUCAGAUGAGGGCGCUGCGUCAUCCGAAAAUGGCGAUAAGAGGCAGUCAUCAGAUAAACAUGAUAAGAAGAAGAUGAAGCGAUUCCGACUGACCCAUAACCAAACCCGCUUCUUGAUGAGCGAAUUUACCCGUCAAGCACACCCCGACGCGGCUCACCGAGAACGCCUUUCUAAAGAGAUUCCUGGCCUGACGCCUCGGCAGGUCCAGGUUUGGUUUCAGAACAGGCGGGCAAAGCUCAAGCGACUUACAAGCAACGACCGGGAGCGGAUUCUGAAGUCUCGAGCAUUACCGGAUGACUUCGACACAACGCAAGUUCUACGAACGCCAUUUGAUCAUAGAACGACAUCAGAGGCACCUAUGUUGCUUACCGAUGGAAUUCCCCGAAAUGACGACGACUACGUGAUUUCGCCACUCAGCUCAGCCUCGACAACAAACGGGUUCACCUCAGCUGGGUCGGAUCGCCACUUCGACAGCUACACACACACGGCCGCCAUGGCGAAUCGGGCUGCUCACGCGCCACUGACGGAUUUGAACCGACAUAACCGCGGCGCCUUCCCAUUUUCGAGAUCUAGCAGCUUUUCCGAGGCUUCAUUCCAUAACGGACUUCACUAUCCGGGGCGCUACUCACGAUCCGGUGUCGAGCCGCUGGUUCACCCGAGUAUGGCAUACGGCCGUCGCCCGAUGGAGUAUGGUAUCAACCGGCCUACCAACGGUCUCAUGGUAGGGUAUGACCAUCAGCGAGCAAUCGAAGGCUCUGUAUCGCCAACCGGGCAAUCAGAACAACCAGCUCACUAUAAUGUCGACGGUCAUCACAACCAGCAGGCGCACAGCUACCAGUCCCCACUAGCCAUGCCACCGCCCAAGGCUUUUGGUGGCAUUGACAUGAAUGCACAUAUGCAGCCGCAUGGGAGGCAGAUACCCGCCAUGCAAUCCAUUCCAGUCUCGGAGGCACCUGAUUAUCGACCAUAUUCAUAUGACCACCACCAAUAUAGCAUGAAUACCGCCAUGCCGUAUAGCCAAGCCAACGCCUCCAGCAUGAGUCUCCCGGCCUCGUUUCCUUCGGAAACCAACAAUGUCUCUCAAGGGCCUGUGGUCAGCACUGCGGAAGAUCGAAUCCAUAAUCCUCCACAAUUGAUAGAUCCGCUGAGGGCCAAAUAUGGCACCCAGACAUUCGAGUAUGCCAACUAUCUUUAACCGGCCAUCUCUGGACUGCCUAGAAACAUCUUUCCUCAUCUUUUCUCAACAUACGCUCCGCUUUAAUCCAUCCGGUUCUCCAUACCUACUUAAUCGCUGCCUUAGGCCGCUCCUCAUAUUUGCUCCUGGGUUUGGGUUGCAUUGCACAUAUCAGCAUCCCGUUGGUUCCCGGGGUAUAUACAUAUUG